UCCAGACACUCCAUUACCCAACUCAUUCACUCUAAAUCCAAUCCCAAUUUAGAAAAAAAGAUUCAAUUUUUUCCAUAAAUUUCGAGAAUUCGCCAUGGCUACCGUGAAUCUAAGCUCAUGGGUACAUCACUCUUGCAGAACACCCAGAACCGUACCCGGAUCCAUACCCGGGUCCAACAAAUCCGUCAUCAAAAUCCAACCUUUCCUUCUCCGACAAAAACUCACCGCUUUAUCAGUCACCAGAGAAGAGAGUAACAACAGUAUCGUCCAGGAAGGAGAAGAAGACAGCCUCAAAUUCGAUUUCAUGUCUUACAUGAUCGGCAAAGCGGAUUCCGUCAAUCAAGCUCUAGACUCCGCCGUCUCGCUCCGAGAACCGAUCAAGAUCCACGAGGCGAUGCGUUACUCGCUCCUUGCCGGCGGAAAACGAGUGAGACCGGUUCUCUGCAUCGCCGCGUGCGAGCUAGUCGGCGGCGAAGAAUCCGCCGCGUUACCGGCGGCUUGCGCGGUCGAAAUGAUCCACACGAUGUCGCUAAUCCACGACGACCUCCCAUGUAUGGACAACGACGAUCUCCGCCGCGGAAAACCCACCAACCACAAAGUCUUCGGCGAAGACGUCGCCGUUUUAGCCGGAGACGCGCUUUUAUCGUUUGCCUUUGAGCAUUUAGCGACGUCGAGGGUAUCUCCGGCGAGGGUGGUUAGAGCAAUCGGAGAGCUAGCGAGAGCCGUUGGAUCAGAAGGGCUUGUGGCGGGUCAAAUCGUGGAUCUAAGCAGUGAAGGGAUGGAUCAAAACGACGUCGGAUUAGAGCUUUUGGAGUUUAUCCACAUUCAUAAAACGGCGGUUUUGCUGGAGGCGGCGACGGUGCUGGGAGCCAUCGUUGGUGGUGGAUCCGACGAAGAGAUAGAGAAGCUGAGGAGAUUCGCGAGAUGCAUUGGAUUGUUGUUUCAGGUGGUUGAUGAUAUAUUGGAUGUGACGAAAUCGUCGGAGGAAUUGGGAAAAACCGCCGGAAAAGAUUUGAUCGCCGAUAAGCUGACGUAUCCGAAGUUAAUGGGUCUUGAGAAAUCGAAAGAAUUUGCAAAGAAGUUGAUGAGUGAUGCUCAAGAACAGCUUCAAGGAUUUGAUCCGGAAAAGGUUGCACCUUUAUUGGCUUUGGCUAAUUACAUUGCCAAAAGACAGAAUUAAACUCAAUUGCGAAUGUUUAGUUAUUGGGUAAUAUUCUCCGUCAAGAGAGUUAGAAACUAAAGAAAGAGAACAUUAUGAUUCAUGUUCUAGUUUCUCUAACAGUCUUUUGUUGGUUAUAAAGAUUGGAAGUUUUUUACUUAUUGUGAAA